AUGGAAUGUUUCGUAGAAUUACUGGAUGCACUAGAAGAAGAAAAAAUGGCGAUUGUCGGUCUGAAAGAUCAACAAUCCAGCAGCAGAUCUCAUGGGAAUAAGACUUGUUGUAAGCAAGCACGCUAUUUGAGAAUUGUUGAAGGACGACGAUUGAACAGAUAUAAGGAAAGGCGUCGACGUCGUGAAAAUCAAACAAAAAAUCCGAUUCUUAAAGAACUUAGUUUCAUUUUACAAAUUUAUAUCGAUUUCGGAUUUACAUACCGUAUGAGUGACAAAGAAAUAAGUAAACUGGUUCGGCAAAUGGGUCGUGUAUGGGGACUCCAAAAGAAGAGUCCUGGUUUGCAGGUUACACUUCUUUCACCAGAUGAACGCUUUUUGUAUGAAGGACGUCAGAAAAUGUCUGGUUUCGACCGUUUCAAAUGGAUUAUUUCGGAUAAAAGUAUAGAUGAGUUUAUUACGAAAUGCCCUAUGGUGUAUUUGAGUCCAGAUUCGCAGCUUGAUGCGUUGCUAGAUGUGAGACCUGACGAAAUAUAUAUUAUUGGUGGUCUUGUGGAUGAAACUGGAGUUGGAUCGUUGUCAUAUGAUAGAGCAGAAGAAUUAGGCUUGGAUGCUCGACGAUUACCAAUACAAGAAUUUCUUCAUCGAAGUGACAGUGGAACAUUCAAUGUGAUGCUUACAAUUAAUCAAGUUGUUGAAAUCCUUGUACGUUACGUCUACUCAAAAAAUUGGACUGAUGCACUUUCAGUUGUACCUAAAAGAAUAGGCUAUGAAAGUAUAAAAUUACCGAUUUAA